UUCUUUUUUUUUUUUUGAUCGCUGCCCGUGAGGCCGGCUGAGUUACCGGCAUCCCGGCAGCCACCUCCUCCUCCCCGGCCCCAUGGUACAAAAGAUCGUCCGGGGACUGCACCUGCCUGCCUGUAGCCUGGGACGCAUUUGAAUCUCUUUCUCUCCCUUCAGAACCUUAUCUCGGCCCCGGAUCUCAGAAGGCAACCACUAGCCCGAGACCAGACUCGGUGAGUGGAGCAGGUGUUCCGGACAAUGGACUGGUGGAGCCCAUCCCUAUUAUAAAAAUGUCUCAGAGCAACCGGGAACUGGUGGUUGACUUUCUCUCCUACAAGCUCUCCCAGAAGGGAUACAGCUGGAGUCAGUUUAGCGAAGUGGAAGAGAACAGAACUGAGGCCCCAGAGGGGACUGAAGCAGAGGUGGACACCCCCAGCGCCAUCAAUGGCAACCCGUCCUGGCACCCGGUGGACAGCCCUGCGGUGAACGGAGCCACCGGCCACAGCAGCCGCCUGGACGCCCGGGAGGCGAUUCCCAUGGCGGCCGUGAAGCAGGCGCUGCGGGAGGCGGGCGAUGAGUUUGAACUGAGGUACCGGCGGGCGUUCAGUGACCUGACAUCCCAGCUCCACAUCACCCCGGGGACCGCGUAUCAGAGCUUUGAGCAAGUCGUGAACGAACUCUUCCGGGAUGGGGUGAACUGGGGUCGCAUCGUGGCCUUUUUCUCGUUCGGUGGGGCACUGUGCGUGGAGAGUGUGGACAAGGAGAUGCAGGUAUUGGUGAGUCGGAUUGCAACUUGGAUGGCCACUUACCUGAAUGACCACCUAGAGCCUUGGAUCCAGGAGAACGGAGGCUGGGGUGGCCACUGGGAGCCCAGUGAAGAGGCUGGUGCAACUGUCAGGACACUUUUGUGGAACUCUACGGGAACAACGCAGCCGCCGAGAGCCGGAAGGGCCAGGAACGCUUCAACCGCUGGUUCCUGACGGGCAUGACUGUGGCUGGCGUGGUUCUGCUGGGCUCUCUCUUCAGUCGGAAAUGACCAGACACUGACCACCCACUCACCCUCCCACCACACCCGUCCCUCCCCCACCACGUCCCUCCUCUCAGCCACAUGGCCACCAGGAGAACCACUACAUUCAGCUCGCGACCACCUACACAUCACAGGGUGGGGCCUAGAUCUGGUCCCCACAGUUAGUUUUCUAGAAUUUACUAUGCUUCUGUGAGAGCUGCCUUCCCCCACACCUCAGUUCUCCUGGCCUCAACACCCACAAAGUGUCCCCAACACCUGCUCCAUGGAAGCCGGCAGGCGUGUGGGAGCUCAUGGCUGACGGCUGGAAGGGCCCAACCUGAUUGGUGGACCUCCUUACCCCUUGGCCUCCCCUAGAAUGCUUUCCUGCCAGGGAGCUCGGAAGUUUUCUGACCCUUUUUCCUAGAAAGACUAGAUUGCCUUCGUUUUCAUGUUUGUGGCCUCAGAAUUGAUCAUUUCUUAUCCCCCACCCUAUCCUCUAGGACCUGGGCUCCCCUUUUGUUCAUUCCUACCCUCCAGUGGCCGCUUAGGGGCCAGUUCUGACUAAUUAGGGAUUCAGGCUGCUUGGGAUAAAGAAACAAGGACCAGGACCCCCUCCCCAACUCUGGCCUGACCAAAGUCUCCCCCUCCCACCCAGCCCCAGUGUCCUCUGGAGGUGUCUGGCUAGAGGCCAGCCUAACCCAGGAGGAGGGGCUGUAGCUGCAGGAAGCACCCCAUCCCCAAAGCCUGGGUGUCCCUUGCAGUUCAACACCGCCCCAGCUUCCCUUCCCUCCCCCUUCCCUCCCCUGGCUCCCAUGACCGUGACUGAGGGACCAACUGCGCCCAAGACAGGUGCCCCAGAGCUGUUUAUGGCCUCAGCUGCCUCACUUCCUGCAAGGAGAUCAUCCUUGUGGCAUCUUUGCUUUGGAUUGCUGCCCAGGGGGUUCAGGGGCCUCGGCCCAGAGGUGAAGGGGAGCUACAGGCAGUAGCUUUGGAAGCCCUAGGGUCUUCCCUACCUCAGGCAGGCAGGGCAGGAAGGAGAGCCUGUGUGCAGGGUGGGAGUAGGGCUGCCUGGAGGGGCUGGUCCUGCCUGGCCAGAUUUGUGCUCCACCCCCACUCAGCCUAGGCAGCCGGGCUGCCAGGUCAGAGUGGCCUGGCCAGGAGCCCUUCAGGCCUCCCUCUCUCCUCUGCUCUACCCAUAGUCUGUCUCCUCCCUGGGGAUCCUGGCCUAGCAGCCCUGCCCCCACCCCCCAGGCUCUUUGCUGUACAUAUUCGAGACUAGUUUUUAUUCCUUGUGCAGAUGAUAUACUAUUUUUGUUAAGCGUGUCUGUAUUUAUGUGUGAGGAGCUGCUGGCUUGCUGUGCGUGUGCACGUGGAGAGCUGGUGCCCAGAGAUUGAACAGCCUGAUGCUCCCUCCCUGCCCUGGUCCGAGGAAGCCAACCGGGGGUCCUGGCUCCCGAGAGGCACCCAUCCCUUUCCCACCUCCCACCCCCCACUUGUUCCAGCUCUUUGAAAUAGUCUGUGUGAAGGUGAAAGUGGAGUAAUAAACUGUGUUGAUUAUUGAA